UGUCGAACGACCUUACAAAGGGUAAGGGAGCAUGCGCUGUAACCUGUGGCCACUUUUUAUUUGAGCUUAAACCUGCUGAAGCGUAAAGUCCGACUCACUCAAAUAAUACAAUUGGUUGGUAAAUAAAGUGUAGAAUGACAGUGAAAGACAACGGUAAAACAGUUAAAAUUCUACUGCCGCUCAAAUAGUACCUGUGCACAGAGAUCCGGCUCAUUUGAUAAAGUGGUAUCAAGCAGACACAUUGUCAACCAGGAAGCGUUACAAAUGAGGUAGAAGUUCCCGAAUAAACGAGUAUGGCAGCAAGAAAAAAUGUUUUAUUAUGGCCUCUUGUGUUGGCCUCAACAUUUUGCUUAAAUUCAAUUGGUGUCUGCGCGCAAGGAUCUACCCUUAAAACUGGCCUACUUAAAAUUACUAAACCAACGCCGAGAACCCUCUAUAAUGGUUCCGCAACUAGAGUUGCAACAGCGGCAACAAGCACCACACCGCCGCCGAGUUCGUCGACAACGGAGAUCACUGAUAGCAGUACAUCGGCCACCAUACCGGAGAUUUGCAUACAUGGCUUGAGAGUAAUGCCCACCGACAUGGACCAGGCACAAAAUGUGCGCUAUGAACGGGACUUUGUCCACAUUAUUGAAGGCGAUGCCAUGCUCAGCAUUCUGACAACAGACGUCGCCUCGGUACUUUUUGUUGUGAACCGUAUUAACCGAGCAAAUCUGUUGGAUGCAGAUUUUGAAAUUGGUGAGUCAAAUUUACCACAGGCUGGCUGA